CAUCACCAAGGGCAUCCUCUCUCCAGAAUUUGGUCGUCCCGAACACCCUCCCUCCUUCCUUCGCCCAACCUCGUCUAGACGCUCUCCGAGACUCGUCUGUCCUGCAGCUGUUACUGCAGCUGCUGUUGAGGUAGGUGUAGGAGGAGACACAGGAGGAGAGACUUAAAAGCGGACUGGGAAAAAGAAGCCAAGAGUGGACAGGAAUUUUCCUGGAGACAGGAAUCUAUGGCAACCUCAGGCUCGGGCUCAGUGGAGGAGCGGGAUUCGUCCUCGACAGCUCCUCCACGAAGCUCCAGCUCGUGGAAGUCACGGCUUCAGAGACGGCGACGGAACAUACAUGGCCGCCUCUCUGCCCUUCACGAUGGCAUCCCAUAUCUCCGAAGGCUUCCCCUUCCGGUCAUCUUGAUCGUCACCUUGCUGAUCCUGGUCAACCUCGUGGUCUGGGCGAUAUGCGGCCUGAUUCUGUCGUCGCACACUCAUCUUCUCUCCACCGCGGCGUUAGCGUACACCCUGGGUCUUCGCCAUGCCCUGGACGCCGACCACAUUUCUGCCAUCGACCUGAUGACCCGCCGAUUGAUAGCGACGGGUCAGAGACCAGUGACUGUGGGGACCUUCUUCAGCCUCGGCCACAGCACCAUCGUCGUCAUAACGUCGAUUGUGGUCGCAGCCACCGCAGCAGGCAUAGCCGGGCGGUUUGACAGCUUUGGCACUGUCGGAGGUAUCAUCGGGACUUCUGUCUCGGCGGCGUUCUUGAUCCUGCUUGGUAUCAUGAACGCCUACAUCCUGUACAAGCUGGUCGUGCAGAUCAAAAAGGUCAUCCGCCUGCAGCCGGACCAAGAGGCCGAGGAGGCCUGGAAGAUCGAAGGGGGCGGAUGCCUCUUCCGCGUGCUGAAGAAAAUGUUCAAGCUCAUCGACCGCCCGUGGAAGAUGUAUCCCCUCGGAGUCCUCUUCGGCAUGGGCUUUGACACGAGCUCCGAGAUCGCCCUACUGGGGAUCAGCAGCAUUCAGGGCGCCAAAGGAACCAGCAUCUGGCUGAUCUUGAUCUUCCCCGUGCUGUUUACUGCAGGGAUGUGCCUCGUCGACACGAUAGAUGGCGCGCUCAUGAUGAGUCUGUACGUUGCUCCAAUGGGCAUGGGCACGAGCAAGAAGGCCUUCCCAGGCGAAGAGGCCCAGAGUCACGGGAUUCCCGAGCAGAUCCUCACGACCCCAGACGAUCCGCUGGUCCUAGAAGACGUCGAACAAGCAGCUAUACAUCCAGCGACGACAGAACCGCCACAGCACCAACAAGCGGCGCCCCCCACCCCCCAUCCACCAGCAGCACGCGUCAAAGAUCCCCUGACGUUUCUAUACUACUCGAUUGUCCUGACCUCGUUGACCGUGCUGUGCGCCAUCAUCAUCGGCAUGUUGCAGCUCCUCUCGCUGAUCCUCAACGUCGCCUCUCCCAAGGGCGCGUUCUGGGACGGCGUCGCCAGGGCCGGCGACCUGUACGAGGUCAUCGGCGGCGCCAUCUGCGGCAGCUUCGUCGUCGUCGGCGGCAUCAGCGUGCUCUGCUACAAGCCCUGGAGGAGGUGGGUGGACCGGGAGAGGGCCAGGCUGAGAGUUGCCAACAGCCCGGGCGAUGGUGACGUUGGCGCCGAUAACGAUGACAAUGGCAACGACGGCAUCGCGAGGUGUGUGGAGGAUGCGACGCAUGGUUCCCAAGGAUGCGAACGGGACGAUCUCGAGCAGGGCGCCGUCUUCGUCCGCGAAGAGGAGCUGGUUCGGACGGACGGAAAGACCACGCACAUCCACAGGGAGAGAGCGGGCGGCAAGCCGUUCGACACUAGCUCUUCUGGCGCGCCAGCAACUGCGAAUGCAGGAUCGAGUGGCAGUAGAGGAGGUCGGCAUCAUCAAUACCGGGAUUCAACGUGACGUGGUUAUCGAGCUGGACUGUAUAACGGUCUUCCACAAUGGGCCGUCAAAAGAGUUUACACGAAGCGCCGUACAGAACUAGCGCACGAGGGAAAAAAAGAGUCGGCUCCAAAGACAAUCCAAGAUUCAUGAUUUCAUAUAAAAGGCACUGGAGACAUGAAGGCCUGAUCACUAGCACAUGAUAUAGAUGAUACGCCGUCCUGAGCGGUCCUUGAG